AGAGCAGCGAACCUAAAGUUUGAUUUCCAGUGUGCUACUUUUUCUGACUUGUCCUAAUAUACAACCAUUUCGCUUUUCAACAAAGGAUAGCACGUGUUUUAUAGAAGUGGCGUAGAAAAAACUGUCUUCACCAAUAGAUGGUUCCUCCCGGGCUUUGAACCGGACCCGCACUCACAAAACCUUACAGCACGUGUUCACGGAUGAUGCUUUUAAUUUGAAACUCGCAGCCGGAUGUUAUUCCUGUUCAUUCGGGAUGACUGGACGGCGCUCCUCCUUUGCUGUGAAGCCGAUCCCCGCCUUUACUUUCUCCAUCCAGAGCGCUCCAGAGACAGUAAUAACCCAGGUGGUAAGAGGUUUACGGACCCUGCGGCUCAGGUCGGUGGAUUUUACAGCGAUUUACCUGAGGGAGCGACGCUUCGUGUUGUAGGCCUCCGGCUUCUUGAUGUCAUAUCCCCGAAGUUUCUGAGGAUCGCGGAAGAGCGAGCGGACAGCAGACAGCGAGGCCGUCGGAGAGAUCAAAUUCUUCAUCCCUUCAUCCUCCUCUGUCUCCGUUUGGAAGAGGAAAGGACCCAGCGUUGGACAUGGCUCUUCUGUGUGUGAGAGAAAGCCAGAGGGAGCUGAGCUGAGGUCGAGGCCUUCCUCCCCCCCCACCCCCCACCCCCACGGUCACAUGUCUGCGUGAGCCACAACCCCGGGGGUUGCUAUCGCUACACUGACCGACCUAAAUACUCGCUUGGAGAAGCAGCACAGCUUGGAUCGCUCAGUUUGGAGAGGAAAGAGCUUCUCUUGUUUGCUCUGUGAGCUGUCGACACUCUUUACACUCGGCUUCAUUUCUCCUGUCGGGAAACUCGACUGCUGCCCGGUUUUAGAAAUUCUUCAGCUAAAGAGCAGCACGCGGAUUUCUGUCCGAAGAGACUGACUCACCUGUCGUCGACCUGUCAGAAGCAAAAUGCCAGCAAAGACGCCAAUGUACUUAAAAACUACAACUCCCAAGAAGGGAAAGAAGCUGAAGCUUCGUGAUGUCCUCUCAGGUGAUAUGAUCAGCCCGCCGCUGGGUGACGUGCGCCACAGCGCCCAUGUGGGCCCCGAAGGCGAGGGCGACAUGUUCGGAGACGUGGGUUUCCUCCAGGGUAAGAUGAACAUGCUGCCGUCCCUGAGUCGGACGCAGAACGGACGCUCGCACAGCGUGGAGCGACGCCUGGACGACGGAUGCACCGUGAAGCAGGACUCGCACAACUACGCCUACAACGGUUACCACUACCAGCACUCCUCCGCCGGCCUGCUGAAGACCACCCUCUCCAUGCCUGUGUUCAUCGCCCACGAACAGGCCCCACCCAAACCCCCACGCCUGCACCUGGACGACCCCUCCCCUCCUUCUCUGCCUUCACAGCAAAACCACGUCCACCACCACUACCAGCCCACGGAGACAAAUCACAAACAGGCCAACGGCUGCAGUCGCAGAGAGAACCACAGCCAGCAGCACCCGACUCUGCCGCUCUUUGAGAACGGCGUGGUGGGCCGCUUGGCGUCGGAGCCCUGCCGGGACAUCUCGCUCUCCCCCACCAUCCGCAAGCUCGUCCCCUCCUCCGGCUCCUUCUCAGAGGUGUCCUCUGAGGACUCCAUGUCAGAAACCUGCGGGCCCCUGGACGUUCGUCGGGGGCUGAGCCUGGACUCUGAUGCCGGGCUGAGCAACGAGGACCUGAGGAGUGAACGCAGCGAGUCGCCCUGUGCCACCUUCCAGCCGGCCGGUCUCACAGCCUCGUCCGGCAUGCCGCGGUCAGACUCUAUGGCCGGGUUAGACCUGGACCUGGGCCCGUCCAUCCUGGAGGAUGUCCUGAGUAUCAUGGACCGCUACAAGACUGAGGACAACCGCUGUGAACUCUGAAGAAAGAUGAAAGAGAUGGACUGAUAUCUUUUUAUACAUGGUUCAAUAAAUCCUUAAAAACUUUGUAAAGACACUAAAGAAGGACAAGGGACGGAGGAACGAAGGGUGGAGAAGCCUUGACGGUUGUGUUUCAAAGAUUUAAGAGAGACGAGAGGCACGUGGACGUGGUUGUCAGGUGUUGAGUCGGUGCUGCCCCGACAUGUCAACAGCCAAGGCGACAGGCUGGUCCUCACAGGAGCCUGAACCUCGCACUCAGAGAGACUCCAGCCGUGAGCUAACAGGAGGAGAGCAGCACUCACCUUGUUCACUCACCUGUCGCAGCACCUUCCUCUGUUCUCUGGACAAAACACCUGCCGCUGCCCACACGCUCUGUGCUGUUUCUUGAUCGGAAUUUUCUGCUUGUUAAUGGUUAACAGAUUGAGUCAGAUAAAACCCGUCUGUUGGCCGACCCGGAGAAAACGUGAGAAAUCAGCAGCUGUGCACAAAAUUCAGGAGCAGCAGGACUCCUUUUUCCAUCACGGAAACCACAGACACUGAAAAGUAAUUCCUUACGACUUUGGAUGUAUGUUUCAGUCAUGCUAAGCUGAACAACAAAAAGGACGUUUUCUGUCCUGAGUCGUUCGUGGCUGCCUGAAAUGUCAAUUUCUGUUCUAAAAUGUUUCAGAAGAUUGAAUAUUAAGGUCAUCACUGUAGAGCUUCAGUGCCAGAUGAAAUGUGAAGAACUUCUGAUUUUACUGUCCUUCUGCAACAGAUGUAAGCUAAAAUGGUCUCUACCCGCCCUCAGAUGUCUUUCUGCCGAUCAGAUGGAGACUGAGGAAGCUUGUUGUUGUAGUUUGACGGAUGAAAUGCUUUCAUUGUAAGGGAUGUGCUGCUUCCUAGAUAAAUUUCAGAUCCUGGUCUUCUUAAGCACUCUUCUUCCACGCUGUGGCUCCUUGUUGGCCUCCCCAGCGUUCACUGUCUGCAUUAUCACAGCAGCCUAUUAUUCACAUGUCAUUUAUGCUGUAUAUAUAAAUGUAAGAAUAAAACAUUCCAAUAAAAGAAAA